AGUACCUGUGCGUUGCUGCUGCUGCUGACGUUGGUGCUAUACAAAGUGGCGAUGGCGUUCACAGAUCAGUCCCUACUGGACCUUACAGAUAAAGAAACCCGGGAGAAGCUAUCGUUAUGGGACCGUCGCACCGAUGCCACGGCUCCCCUCACGGAGAAACAAAUGGACUCUGUCCUGGAGAUCCGAACGGCCGCUGAGACGCUCUCUAUCCCGUCAGAGGUGAGCUCUUACUCCAGAGCAAGCUAGCAGGCUAACAGGGCAGCUAACUUACUUUAUAAAUGCCAGUGUGGUCAACUAAACCUUGUCUUUUCCUUUGCUUUAACUUAUUCCUUCAUGUUUUAACGCUAAUAUGAUGUUAAAGUGGAAUUAUAACGACAUGUUAGCUUGCAGGCUAACUAGCGGGCUUGCACUUCGCCACGUCAAAGCGUCCAGCUAGCUUCAUGUGACAGCAGCUUGUUGUUGUGUGUGUAAAGAAACUAGAAUCCGGCUUUGUGUUUUUGCAGUUACCCAUUGAGGACUUGUGUAGCCUGUCAUCUCGGUCCUUACAGUCCGCUUUUACAGCGACUGUCCCCGCUUCAACAGAGGAUGUCCUGCUGAAAGGUUUCCAGUCUCUUGACAUGGAGAAUAACAGAAUAGAAACUGCACAACAGGUGACUGUCAGUGUGUGUGUGUUUGUUUGGCACCAGGAAACACUUGUGUAGCCAAAGUGUGUCGUAAUAAAAUGCAUAGUUUUAACAUACUGCUUCUUUCUAUUGCAGUUUUUUUCCUGGUUUGCCAAGUUACAGGCAAACAUGGACCAAGAGGAGAGUGAAAAGUACAGGUACAUAAAUGUUUAAACAUACAUUCAUCAUGUUCAGGGGAAAAGGAGACAAAGUGUUGAGCAGUAGUAAAGUAUAAAACAGAAAGCACUGAUGUGUUUACUCAGGAGCCACAACUCAUGCCAUUAUGCUCGACAUUGAUCAUCUAUCCAUGUUGAAAGGAAAUCAAUCCUGAGUCAUCCUCAUACAUGUUUACUUUUUUUGCAGUCUAUUUUGAUUAAAGUAAUUUAAAGGGAUAUUCUGGUGUAAAAUGAAUUUAGGGUCUAACACACCAUAAUACCGAGUUAGAAACCCCGUUGAGAGAUGAAUGUUGCAGACUGCUUGUUUCUCUAGUUAUACCAACUUUAGUAACAACCGCAGAUAGCAAUACAGAGAGCCACGUGCUCAACCAAAAUGCCACAUUAUAGCCACAGAUAAUGCUCAGAACAGCACCUAACUUCAUCAACAGUACAUAUAGGGUCCCAGCCAUAGAACUAGCCACCAAACAUCUUUUUAUCUUUGCCUUAUUUCUUUAGCAAAGAGACUAAACACAACUCACCUACUCUCUUCCAGCAGCUGCUUGUCUGUACAGAGACCUCAGGCCAGUCCACCUGCGGGGUGACACAGCUCAAGGAAGAACAUUUGUGAUCAUUUCAUCAUGGAAAUGCAAUCAGACCGAGACUCUAAGGCAGAAGAACUACCGCGUCUGCAGUGCAAAAUGAUUAAUAUGAUGAUCAUUUCUUAAGGAAAUGAUAAAGUAAUGAUCAUAAAUGUUCUUCCUUGAGCUGUGUCACCCCACUGCUGUUCGUAAAGGACGCGUCCUGAGGUCUCCUUACAAACAAGCGGCUGCUGGGAGAGAGAAGGUGAGUUUUGUUUAGUCUCUUUGCUAAAGAAAUUAGGCAAAGUUAAAAAGAUGUUUGGUGGCUAGUACUAUGACUGGGACCCUAUAUGUACUGUUGAUGAAGUUAGGUGCUGUUCUGAGCAUUAUUUGUGGCUAUAGAGUGGCUUUUUGGUUGAGCGCAUGGCUCUCUGUAUUGCUAUUCUGUGGUCAUUAAUUAAGUUGGUUUAACUAGAGAACCAAGUGGUCGGCAACAUUCAUCUCUCGACGGGGUGUGUAACUCGGUCUUAAUCUAACUUAAUUUCACGCCGGGAUAUCCUUUUAACUCAAAUACUCAGACAAACACCACAUACGCCAAUCAUAAGUCAACAGAGUUGUAUCCAGUUUUGAUUUGAUACUGCCUCUAAUGUCACCUGGCUACACAUUUCCCAGAGUUGGACCAAAGAAACAAAAUGAGGGAGAAAUGAGAUCUGCUGCUGUGCUGCUUUAUUGGUGCAACUUUUUUUCUCACACUUUUACCCUCACCCAAUUUGUGAAAUCACAGCUGGGGUUCUGUCAGCUUCGUUUUAUGUAUUUUGUAUCAGAUUUUCUGCUACUAUGUGUCAAAACAUCAAAUUAGUCAGCUUUACUUCAUCCAUUUUUUUCUCCUAGCAAACACAUUUGUCUUUUUUUUCAUCCAGAAAAACAAGGGAUGAGCUAAACUGCUACCAGGAGCAAUGUGAUGCUAUUCUAAAAGAUUGCUGCGCUGCUCUGGAGCACUUGGAGUCCCUUCAGAAACAGUAUCUGUUUGUGUCCACUAAAACUGGCACCCUGCAUGAGGCCUGUGAACAGCUCCUUAAAGAGCAGGUAAGCUUCCCGCUGCUCUAUGUAUCUGUCAAACCCCAGUAGCAUCAUAUGGAGAUUAUUAAGACAGGAUCAGUGGAGAGGAUUAUGCACAUGAAAUGUCACUGUAUGUGUCCGUAUGUGCAGAGUAGAUGCAACCAAAAACAAAAACUCCUGAAUAAUCUUCUUUGACUUCUGUAUCAUUUAAACUUUAACGCUUCUUCAAAAUGUGUACAAACAACUGUGGUAACACCCAGAGGAGUCACAAGAGAGGAAUGCAAACACAGAACAAUGUCUGAUUCAGAACGCAGUGACAUAGAUAAAAGCUUGUGUGAAUAGAACAUCUAAAGCAAGUGUUAUACAGGUCAGAAAAUCCCACUGCUUCUAAUUUUCAGUAGCAUGUUUAAUAUCUUAUUGACACAAAUUUUCAAAGAUAGCUGCUGGAGUUCACAGAUGUACUGCAGACUGGGCUGUUUGCAGAAACUUGGCAAGUACUCAGUCUAACCUUGUCUGAGACUAAAGUGUCAUAGCGUGUGGUUUAAACUCUAGUUGUUGUUUUUUUUUUCUCUUGGCAGUCAGAGCUGGUUGACCUGGCAGAGAGCAUUCAGCAGAAGCUGUCAUAUUUUAAUGAGUUAGAAAACAUUAACACGGUAAGCUGGUUAUGUUUGUUGUUUACAACUUGAACCUCUUGAUUUUGUCUUUGCAUCAUACAUAUUUAAACUAGUUUAACAUUUACAUGUUAAAUGUCUGGCAUUAAUGUUCCACAUUAGCAACAUUAUUCUGAAGUACUCGGAUGUCAGCUACACUUCUGGUGUAAUUAUCUCUUUAAAAAAAGUGUGGUAGAAAGUAUUGAGGACAUUUUGACUCACUUCCAGAAAGUUUCAAAGUGAAAUCUGAAAAUCUGGCUUAAGAGAUGAUUCUUUGCUCUGACUCAAAGUUUUUCAGAAAGCACGGCUCCGGGAGAAGUUGAUUUUAAAUUAAUGUAAUUUUCUGACUUUGAUGACAGAGAGCUGGAGGAUUAUAAUCUUGAAAGUAUUUUGAGCGCUUUAUUUUUCUCUGCAGAAACUGAACUCACCGGCCUUGUCUGUAAAUAGUGAAGGCUUUAUACCAAUGCUGUCCAAACUGGAUGACUGCAUUGAAUAUGUUUCUUCACAUGUAAGUACUUGGACCUCUGAUGAAAUUCGACUCAGUCUGUGCUGAUCUCUUUGCUUUAGUAAAGACGGAAUUAAACAUUAAAGAAUGCUUCUAAGUGUCCAUGUGUUUGAAUGUCUUUCUUGUAAUUAAUGCAUACUUAUGCCCUCACAAAGUGUUAUGGGGUUUUCUAAUUAGAAACUAAAACCAAGGCUUUGACAGAAAAUUUGAAUAGAAGUGAAAUUGCUUUGGAACAUGUUGUACUUAUAUGCAACUGGAGCUAACAUUCGAUAUUCUCUGUUGAUUGCAGCCCAAUUUCAAGGACUAUCCGGUUUAUUUAGCCAAGUUUAAACAAUGUCUGUCCAAAGCUAUGCACUUCAUGAAGAUCUACGUCGUAAACACUAUGCAGAAUCUCACAAACCAGUUAACAAAAAGGGUAAGAACACCUCACUUCUCCUUCUACAGUCAGCUCUGGUUUUUGUCCAAUAUCGAGUGCAGCCUUUAUUCUUCUCUUCUUUUUUUACCUCUCCAGGAUCCCAUGGGUCUGACAAAUGCAGACAAUGCUUUUACACUUUACUAUGUAAAGUUUAGAGCGGCUGCGCCAAAAGUUAGAGUAAGUUUCACAUCUUUAUAACCCUUCUGUCACUGACCGCAUGAAUGAUUCUGGUAAUAAAAAAAAAUGAUGUCUGCUUUUUGUCUCCCAGUCACUGAUUGAGCAGGUAGAACAGCGAGCAGAGAAGAUCCCAGAGUAAGUUUGACCUUUUUUCCAGACGGGAACAGUAAUUAGCAGUCCUCCUUUUUACAGCACCCGUGCUAAAUUAUGGUAUCUCUCUCUCUCUCUCUCUCUCUCUUUGCCUCUGUUUCUGUAUGAGAAGAUAUCAUCAGCUCCUUGAUGAAAUCCAUCAGUGUUACCUCGACCAGAGAGAGCAGCUCCUUAGCCCCAGCAUCACCUCCACCAUUACUGACUUAACCAAACAGAACAACAAAGACCACUGUGCUCUGGUAAGGUGUUCAAAGGGGAACUUUGCUUUAGAUGUUUCAGGGCGACAUUUAAGCUUGGACAGAGUUAAUAUUUUUGUCCUCUGGGUUUUUUUUUUUUUGUGUGUGUAGUGACUCAAAGCUAUUCAGAUGAUAAAUGAGUCUAACCUGAGCGUGCGUGCUGCAGCCUUCUAAGGCUUACUUUUUAUUUUCGCUCUCAAGUGAAUUUUUCUACAAAGUUUUGCUGGUGCGAUUGUUUUGGCAUGUUUCUCAAGUGUAUAAAAAUGUAACUGACCUAAAGGUUGACGCUGUGAUUUAUGUAAAAUAUUCCUAAUCUAAUUUGACACUUCAGAAAUAACUGGUCUAAUUUUGGAGCCUGGACAGACUUUGUUUUUGAUGCUUGUGUGGAAUUUAAAAAUACUUCACUAAUUGGCUUGAUGGGGAUACUGUAAUUAAAGGUCAGACUUUCAUACAAGUGUCAUAAAAGCUGCAGCUCCCCCUCUGAGGUUUUACUUUUAAUAAAGGUUAUGCAUCUCGUUAAUGAUUGCUGUAAUGAGUGCCUGCAUCAUUUAUGCAGAAGGAUGUUUGCUUGUUUUAAAUGGAGCCAAAGUAAAUCACGACUAUGAUCAUGAUGUGUGUUUGCACAGGUUCGAAGUGGCUGUGCCUUUAUGGUUCAUGUGUGUCAGGAUGAGCACCAACUCUACAACGAGUUCUUCUCUAAACCUACACCCAAACUAGAGUGAGUAGCACCUUCCCACUAAUUACACACUGCACAUGCAUAGCCAUCAUCUCUUUGGACACAUGCAGAUAGCUUUGUUUGGUUAAGGUGUAGCACCUUAAAACCUUUUAAAGAGUUUCUUGACAGACAUGAGAAUCUUAUCUGUAUUCAUAUUUUUAGUACUUGCUUUGUUCUCCUAGUUGAAAACUCAAAACCUUGAAAUUUUGCAGGAGUUUAAUAUUAGACUACAAAGAAAUUAAACGAUGUUUAAUCCCUGACAGCGAGCUGCUGGAGAAGUUAUGUUUGUCCCUGUACGACGUCCUCCGGCCUUUAAUCAUCCAUAUCAUCCACCUGGAAACACUGUCUGAGCUCUGCAGUAUCCUCAAGAAUGAGAUGCUGGAAGACCACGUUCACAACAAUGGUAGGUUUGAUCUUCUCUUCUCCUUCAGUCUUUAACCCAUUAGUCAAAUAUGGAGAGACUACAGUACAUCUAUGCUGCAGUCAGUGCUCAGAAAUAAUCUUUGUUCGAGGAUUAUUUGAACUUUUGUACUACCUUUGAUCCAUCUAAAAUGUAGAAAAAAACAUCCUUCCUCACGUGAACAAGUAUCUUCUCUCAAAUGAUUUUUUCAUUGGGAGAAAUUAAGGGGUCAUGAUUACAGGAACUGUAAAAGCCAAGAAAACAACCAGGAACUUGAGUUCCUGUAUUCUUUGGAGUUACUGUACCUCACCGUGUUUUUUUCUCCCUUCAGAGUGGAGUUACUGUAAUGCUCCGCUUUGGCACUUCUGUGAUUAAUUUCUGAAACCUCCUCAUUUGUAAAUUUCUCUGCAAGCUCCACCUUCAAUAAUACUGGAUCGAUCCGAUCAUGGCAGAGUCUCCUCGGAAAGAAACUAUGGAGAUGGCAUUGAAACACAGAUUUCCUGACACAAGGACGGGAGAAAUAAGCAAUCAUGUUGUGUGAACAAUCAUACUGUCAGGCAGAGCUAGCUAGUAAAAGCCAGCGAAUCUUACCGUUAGCCUAGCCAGUCAUUCUUCGUCCUCUACAGCAUUUCUCACAGUGAGAACCAAGUUAUGUCAAACAGUCAAGAACAGCUUUUUGAAUGAGCAGUGGAGGUCUCUGAGUCAGAUAACGUCCCCCACCCGUCCCUCCAACUCACAUACUCGAAACGCUUUUAAACAGGCUAACUUUAUCUGUAAACUCAAUUCUGUCAAAUCUGUUAGAUUUUCAUCUAAUAUAGUGUUGCAGGUGAGGGAAUUACUCUCAAAGUUCAAACUUGAUCAUAUCUGAUUAUAAUUAGCGUUGAAAUGCUCAUAAACUUCUCAAAACCACUGAAGGAAAGUGAUUUGAGAGGUUCGAUCGAUACUUCGCAAGUGUACUCUGUGAUAUACUGCAAUAAUAAAUGCUGUAAAUGAAUAAUUUUUAUAAGGAGAACUAGUGCUGGGCGAUAUGGAAAAAAAUGUAUAUCACGAUAUGGAUCAUUUUAUAUCACAAUAACGAUAUAGAUCACGAUAUAGCUAUGGUAUGCUUUCAGUUCUAUGAAAAAUUUAAGUGUAUACAGCUGCACUAGUACAGUGCCAGUACAAGACCAGCACUUAAAACUAGAAAAAUGAAUAAAUAAAUAAAUAAAUACGUGGCCGAAGUGCGUUCAUGUCUGUGCUCACCCAAAGUUAUGCAACACUCACAGAAAACGCCGAUAGUGUGAGCCAAAGCACUCCAUAAUAAUAAUAAUAAUAAUAAAAAGCAAUAGAAUGACAGUCACAGAUUGGCUUAAAAAAAUAAAAAAUAUAGAGUUGCAAUGUAAGAGGCAAGGUAGUAAAAGCAUAAAGCAUAGAGGAAAACUAACCAUAGGCUUUAUUAAAAAGGUAGGUCUUUAGGGCUCUUUUGAAGAGGUUGUUCACACUGCUAGAUGUUUCUCCUCCAAAGCUGCUCUCUGCCUCCAUCAUUGUUUACUUUACUCUUGAAGCACGUAGCAAGACCCGAGCAUGAAUCCGAGCGUUUUAUUCGCCUAUCAGGGGCAGACAGGUAAGGUGAUAUGAUUCGCCACGACUCCAGAAAUGAUUGAAAAACUACAGAAUGUCACAAAAUUACGUUUCCUCGCUGCUGGCUUGAAGGGUAGAAAUGCGCAGCCGCGCUCCCAGCUGACAGGAAGUCAAACUACUGUUGUAGUUCUUUUGUGUUGCUAGCGCCGUCAAGAGUGUUGGCUCUCAGUGAGAGAUGACUACAAAAAUGGACGCACCUGUUCAUCUGGAUGUUAAACACGGCUGAAAAUGAUCAUCUUUUAAUGUUGUUCCCGCUCCUGCCCACUCCCGUUGCCUUUUUUCCCGUCCCGUCCCGAUCAAGGGAUUAAUUAAAAAAUGACUCCCAUACCGUGGGAUUCCCGCGGGAAUCACGUGACCCACGGGAAUUCCCGAAAAAUGUCAUCCUCUACAGGGAAGGUCCCGGAGCAGAUGAAACAGGUGCCGGAGCGGCUGAAAUAGGUCCCGGAUCCGAUCAAAAGAGGUCCCGGAUCGCGCUCCGACUUGCUCCGGCACAAAUUAAGCACUGCUUACAAUGAUCCCCUCACGUGUGUAACCCAGGUAACCCGCAACGGCGGGAGACGCUGGACACGAAGAGGGCACGUAAAGCGGCGUCAUGUCGCAAAAUCGAAAGAGAAAUGCGAGCCUACACGUCAACGCAUCCUUUUCUUUGUAAGAAAAUAUUGUUUUCUUUCCCGUUCGACACCAAAUACACUUACUGAAUGUGCAAUUAUUGUUUUUGUUACUAUGAAUCAUCUGAUGGCACAAGCCCUAUGGAUAAAAUACAGCCUAUCGCCCGAAACGAUAAAAAUAAAAAUGGCACGAUAGACAUUUUCUAUCGUGCCCACGAUAUCUAUCGUCCUAUCGCCCAGCACUAAGGAGAACAGUGUAAAGAAUAAAAAUGAAACAUGGAAAUUCAUCAUGUGGGCGGCAGUAGCUCAGGAGGUAGAGCGGUCGUCCAAUAACUGGAAGGUUGGCGGUUCGAUUCCCCCCUAUCCUGAGUCUGUCCGUUGUGUCCUUUGGCGAGACACUUAACCCACCUUGCUCCCAGUGUGUGUCCUCCACUGGUGUAUGAUUGUGAGUGUUGUGUGGUGGUGGUCGGAGAGGCUGUAGGCGCAAAAUGGCAGCCACGUUUCUGUCAGUCUGCCCAAGGGCAGCUGUGACUACUAAGGUAGUUUACCACCACCAAAGUGCGACUGUGUGAGUGAGUGAAUGAUGUAUCCAAUGCAAAGCGCUUUGAGGGUCUCUGAUAAAGCGCUAUAUGAAAUCUGAUGCAUUAUUACUAUCAUCAUAACCAUAAUCAGACAGAGUAAUUUAGCAUGUUAGAUGUUUAAAGCGCCUCCUAAAGUUAGAGUUACAGGAUUAAAUGGAAGUUCAGGUACUUUGCUUUGGUAUGGCCAAGGAUGUUUCGGUCAGAAUACAGUAAUGUCCAAAUAAGGUCAAAGGUCGACUCAUAAGUCAGUAUACAUAUAUGGAAAAAAUAACCGUAUAAUAAAGCUAACUUCGUAUGCAAGGAGCAGCCUUGAGAAGAAGUACAAUUUAAAGUCAUUUCUCUCAGUUCUGCACUCUUUAAAGUUACUGCUUUUGUAAGGAAGUGUGACCUGUGACAGAGACGACAGCUUCGUUUGGGUCUAAAGUUUAGUGCAUCAGUCAGAUAUGUUCAUUGGCGGAGUUUUUAAACUUGGGCAGAGACGCGUCAGCUGUUCAUUUGUGCCAAACUUAGUAAUCUGUCCUGGUGUGCUAGUUUAAGAUUUUAAGAACAGAGUUUAAGAUUUUAAGAACAGAGACAAGCCGUGAAUAAGUGUUUAAAUAUAUAUUUAUAAAUUUGAACAUUUCACUUUAAGAAGGUGAUUUAAAUUUUUACAUCUUAAUUUCGAGCCUCUGUUUGGAUUUAUUGACAGUACAAUAGAAGUGUUAUGAAAUAGGGGGUCAGUUUAAGUGGACCCAAAGCAGAGAACACAAGCUGUGCAGCUGUCGGAUGAAUGAUAAAACUUCUAGAAAAAAGCAGCAGCAGCAGAGGAGUGUAUCUGUUCACAGUUUAUUGUUGGACUAGAGGGCAGAGUUUAUGUGAUUCUGACUGUAAACUGACCUCAGCCUUUUUCCUGUAGCUUCUCAGUUGGGGGCCUUUGAUGCCGUAGUGAAGCAGAUGCUGGAGGAUGUCCAGGAGAGGCUUGUCUACAGGACUCACAUUUACAUCCAGACAGAUAUCACAGGCUACAAACCAGCUCCAGGGGAUCUGGCCUAUCCUGAGAAGCUGGAGAUGAUGGAGGUAAGUCUUGUCUGCUGAAAAGGAUCUCCUCGAUAGUACUGGAUGUACUUUUCUUUUUAGCAUUUCCAGGAAUAACACUCCUUUCAAUUCUGGCAAGUACAGGCUUUCUCUUAAAAACAUUGAACAACUUGGAAGUAAUUACGGCUGCAAUGAAUGAAUAUUUUUGUGCCAAUCAAAAGUUCACACAGUCUUAGAUUGUGAUUUCAAAUUUAUUUUUUCAAUGACGGAGGAAAAGAAGGAGCAGUGUACACAUCCUUGAAACUUAUCUUGAAUAGUAUGUAAAUGUAGGACUUGCAGAAGCUGGUGAAAAUAAGGUUUAGUUGACUGUACUGCAGAGUAUCAGCUAGUGCUGUAAAGUGCUUCAACAUAUUGCACGUAUUACUCAGUAUCAAAACUCUCAGAUAGUGUCUGCCUUUGCUUUGGAUGUCUUUUCCUUCUUUAAAGUUAUGCUAAUAAGUAAAAAUUUGUCUUGUGGUAAGCUUCAAAAACCUGUGCGCGCUUAAAACAAAAGAGAGAAGACAAAGUGACAUUUCAACAUUUGUAAUCCUUUAAAUUGAAUUAUGCAACUUCAAAGUUUUUCUCCCAGGAUUAAUUAAACUUCUGAAAACUCAUCUCUGUCCAUCAAAAUCACAUAAUUAGACGGAUUUUCCAUGAAUAAAUCCCUUAAUGACUUUGGUGUUUCUCCACACCUUUGCCCUUUUUAAGUAUGGAUAUGUAUGAAAUAUGGAUAUGUGAUCAAAUAAAUAUGCAUAAGGUUCCCACCGCGAAGACCCAAAUUACUGUACACUGUGUAUUUUAAUGUGAUCUAUAACUUUGCACUUAAACCCAAUGUAAGGAGUAAAGGUGCUUCAUUCUUAAGGUCCUUACACACCGGGGCCGGCACAAAUAUAGAACUCAAAAUUACGAAAUAGUCGGAGGCAAAUUUUGACGCGCCUGACUAUACACAUCAAGCCCAACGGGAUUUUGUAACUUUAUGGGGGCAAAAAGUACACAUCCCGAGCUAAAGUAACUUAGCACAGAUAAAAGUUAAAACAAAGACGUUUAGCAAACCGUUAAAACACACAAACUAUCGUCGUAUAAGAAAUCAGAUGCUAUGACUCUCCACAAGUUAUACUUCAGGUCGUUAUCUUUGUAAUGUUUGUAUCUUUUAUCAAAAAGCACUCUGUUCUCCGACACGUAAACAAUCAGCCGGUCGGCCAUGUUGGAUAUACCGGUGAAUCAGACGUCACAACAACACGAAAUCUGAUUGGUCAGAAGUGGACACACAGUAUGCGAAACUAUAGAAAAAUCGACCAUGAUCCGAAAAAAUAAAUGUCGCAGGAAUGUAAAACGUCGCUGAUGUGAACGCUUGUAUUGACAGGAUACGGGUUCAAAAAAAAUAUUGACGUCCGAAAUAAUCGCACGACAAAAACGGUCUUUAGGGUUCUGAAUCACUAUUGGCCCCACGAUACAAUAUUAUCACGAUACUUGGGCCACGAUAUUGUUGCGAUUUUUAUAUUUUGCAAUACAGUGAGUUUUAUGAAACAGUAUAUUGUGAUUUAUAUAAUUUUUUCAACUGUUUAGCUAAUGUAGCAUUUGUCUUUCCUUUAUGUUUGUCUUAUUUACGCUGUAUUUUAUUUUCAUGUAGCACAUUUUGCAAACCUUAUAUACAUUUGUUGUACUAAUUUUCUCCUGCUCUAUUAUGUCCCCUCUGCCAACCUCUCUGGACAAACAGUUGAUUUUAUUUUUCCAUUAUCAUAAAUUUGACUUUAAGUAGCAAUUAAUUUGAAAAAAUCGGUACUUGUUAAAUGAGACGAUACGAUAUAUCACCAGACAAAAUAUCCCAAUACUGUGCUGUACCGAUUUUUUUCUCCCACCCCUAUUCAUUAUUGAUAUGUGUAGUUCUGACUGCAGGUAGUCUGCCUCACAGUCUCGGACUUCUCAUGUCAGUGUCAAUGCAAUCAAGCCAACUGCAGAUAUUUGUGCGAUGCUGCCAUUGGUACAUGGCAUUUAAAAAGCAGAAGCAUAGCCAAGGCUGUUGGCAGCAUGCUCAGCUCCUGAUAUGUCUUGAUGAAUAUAAAAAAACUCAGCAUGAGUAUGUUAACAAGGUUAAAAACUUGAUAUUUAUCACAGGAGUAAAUCAAAUUUUCUCUGAGCUCACCAUGAAUUCUCCUCCAUUCUCGAGAUUUGAUUUCUGAGUUAUGUUUGUUUUUCUUUUGAUUUCUCUUUUAAAAACUCGAGUUGAAGCUGAAGGAAAAAAUGUGACUCUUGUUAUUCACCCUUUUCCUUUACUGCCCUCAAACAGAGAAUAGCUCAGAGCUUAAAGGAGGAGCAGAUGAAGCAGACAUCACAGGAGUGCAUGUUUUCUGAUGUUCAGCUUGAGGAUCCUGAUGCUAGAAGAAACAGUAAUGCAGGUGUGUGCACCUCCAGUUUGCUGCUUUGAUUUCUGCUUUGACAGUUUUGGUGUUAUUGACAUGUGCUUGAUGGCUUCUUCUCAUUGUACCAUAAACACAGGAAACGUGGAAGCAUCAAGCCUGCAGCCCACGUCUAUCUCCCCUGCUGAUCUGCAUGGCAUGUGGUACCCUACCGUCAGACGAACGCUGGUUUGUCUGUCCAAACUCUACAGAUGUAUAGAUGUGAGUUUCCUCUCUUCAUUUUGCUCAUUUCUUGCCUCCUUUUCAAAAAUACGUUCCGAUGAGUGGUGUAUAAUUUUCCCCUUUUUUUUGAAUGUCUUAUUCCAAUGUUUCUCAUCGUGCUUUGGUCUUCUUCCAGCGAGCAGUCUUCCAGGGUUUAUCUCAAGAAGCCUUAUCUGCCUGCAUCCAGUCCCUGCUUAAAGCCUCAGAUAUCAUCCUUAAAAACAAGGUUGGCUCACAUGGUUAAAAAAAAAAAGAGUUUUGUUUCCAAUUGUCUCUGAACUUUUCAGACUUAUCAAAGGAGCUGGAAAUGUGCCUUUAUUUUGACAUAGUAAACAAGAUUAGUUCUCUCUCAGAUAAAAUGUGAUCUGUUAUUUAAAUUCCUUGCGGCUGCAGGAUCCUUAACUAAAGCAGCUGGGAUGUCAUUGCGAGUUUAUUUUAAUGAGCGCUUUAUUAUGCUCUACAGAGUGUUCAGCAGACCAUCCUUUAUUUAUGGGCUUCUCUCACCUUCAAAUUUGCUGUCUAUCUGUGCUAACUGGCCCGUUUCAACCCAACACUUCAAAUUAAAGCAGCAGCAUCAAUCUCAGAGGACGUGUUCCCUCCCUGUGUUGAUGAUGUCUUUUUCCAACGUUUUAGUUGCUAGCUGAGCAAUAAAUGGUUUCAGCUGCCUUUUUUUUUUUUUUUUUUUUUGGUCACAGUAAUGCGUCCCUUCCCAGCCAUGGUUAAUCAGCAGUUAUUAAUUAGACAUAUUCCCUUAUCUUCUCUAAAGCUGGUGCUUUUAUGUUCUGUGAAGCUUGGAUAGUCAGCAGAUGCCCUUUUGUGCUGGCAGCCUGCAGUGUGGAUUUAACAGUGUGCUAUCACUUUCCGUAGACUCAAAUAGAUGGGCAACUUUUCCUGAUCAAGCACCUGCUGAUAAUGCGCGAACAGAUUGCCCCAUUUCACACCGAUUUUGCCAUCAAGGAAAUCUCACUGGACCUGAAGAAAACGCGAGGUAAGAUAAUUAAAGGUGGAGGGAACAUUGGUGUUCGGCUCCAUAAAGCCAGUCAUUACAUUCUCAUGCUCAUUAAGCAACUUGUGCCUAUCACAUGCACCAGUGGCAACAAUUAAUGUGGAAAUUACAGUGUAAUCCAACACCAUAAUGUACAUUAACUGAUGGCUCACAGGGCAGACUCGGCUCCUCCUAUCACCCUCAUCUCAGUCAAGGUCAUAUUAAAUCUGUAUCACUAGGGGGCACUGUAAUUCUACACCAGCUCAGAUUAAAUCUCUGCUUUGUGUUUAGAUGCUGCCUUCAAAAUCCUUCACCCCAAGGCUGUUCCUAAAUUCUUCCGACUUAACAGCCACAACGCCAUACUUGAAUUCCUGUUGGAGGUACUGUUCUUAUUUUUUCUUUCAUUAUAUAUAUAUAUAUAUAUAUAUAUACAUUUUUUUUGCUACAUGCUAUACAGUUUAUGCACUUUGAUAACACCCUGCCUCCAGGGAAAUGCCACUUGAUAGUGCUAAAGCCUUUGUGUGGCUGUCCCUUAGGGAACUCCAGAGAUAAAGGAGCACUACAUCGACUCAAAGAAGGAUGUGGACCGACACCUGAAGUUCAGCUGCGAGCAGUUCAUCCAGCAGCAGACUCAGAUCUUUGUGGGGAACCUUGAGGAGUUUCUCACCAAGGUAACUGUUACAGUCGGGGCAGACUUUGCCUCAGGGCAGCUGCGGCUCAUUCUGACCUUCAAUUUUUCUCCAUUUACCUCUUAAAAAAAAAAAAAAAGAAAGAAACCCAUCGUAUUCACUGAUCACGUCGAGUUUCAGUCCUUUUCAGACAACUGUUUUUAUCCCAAAAGUCUCAGUUAUUAUUGUAAGGUUUUUUGUGUUUGUAUGCCUGUGUUGUGACAUUUCAUAUUAUUGUGUUGUGUGUUUUGUGAAAUCUUUCAGUGCACUUAUUGUGCCUCCAUAAUUAGUUGCCAACCGUGUUUUCUGUGUUACUCAUUCAGUUUUCUAUUAUUUUUAAGUGAAUACUGCUCUUUGUUUAAUCCAAGAUUGACAAACUGGCAGCUCUGCUUUUUUUGUUUUUUUUCCCCUGGCUUACAAUCACAGCAGCACAAGUGAAGUCUUUUCAAUCUGUAAUGUUUUGUUUUGACUCUGUGCGCUCAGGUUGCAGCUCUGAAAACUAUGGCUAUCCAAGGGGGCCCCACAUACAGUCUGUCUCAGCAACCUUGGGCACAACCAGGUAAGAUUUGUCUCAGGAAACGCCACUGGCGUCACACUGUAAUUCAUCAAAACUUGUGUAGCAAAAGCUAGAGGGCAUGUCAGUGUUUUUGCUUUUUUUUCUCUCGCCCUAAGUCCUUUUUUCUUUCUCUUUUCAGUAAAGAUCAAGGAUAUAGUGAUGGCUACCUACCGGGUGAUGAAGAGCAAGCUGCCAAGCACUUUACAAAGCAUGUCCUUGUACUUAGCCAAUAGAGACACGGAGUUCAUCCUUUUCAAGCCUGUUCGGGUGGGUGGCAGGAAAGCUUGGGUGUAGCGUGUACUGCAUGAGUCAAUUCCUUUUCAAGUCAUUGUUUAAGCUCAGAGAAUCCUUCACGCAGUGUUGACACAGCGGGAGCUCUGAGUCCCAAUCGUUAAUUGAUGUAACAGAAAUAAUCUGAAUUAGAGGUAUCACAAAAGAGGAGUUGAAUUCACAGAUAGAACGACAUGUCCCCCCCUUUUCCUCAUAGGCACACGCAUGAUUUAUUGUGGGUAGACAUUAGCGUGUAAACAAACCUCUCGCCGCAUCAGAAAUUAUUGACUUAACAUUUAUUCAUUAGCGAGGGGUUAGUCACUGUAGUAAAAGGCCUGUCGAUCAAUUGAGGAGAGAGAAAGCUGAUAAUCUUCUGUGUGAAUCAUCCUCUCGUACUCUUGCUUUUUGUUUAAAUUCAGCUCAGAAGUUGCGCCCUAAAUUGUGCUUUAAAUUAUCACUGGGAUUGAACUUUUAAUAGAGAAAUCUUUGUGCUGCCUGUGUACCGCUCAUCAAGGUGCCAGGUUCAGCUGAAUGAGAGAGACACAAAAUACUACGGUUGACAUGGAAACAAGAUUGUGGGGGGACGUAGGCCAGAUGGAAAUGUAGUAUUAAUUUCCCUCCAGCUCCCAGUAAUAGGAUGGCUUUUUUUCUCUCUCUCCCACAGAAUAACAUCCAGCAGGUAUUCCAAAGACUGCACGCCUUACUUCAAGAGGAAUACGACGGAGAAGACCUUCAAAUCAUUGCCUGUCCAUCUCUGGAGCAGGUAGAGUACUGUCGGAUUAGCACAGCCGCGAGCAAACCUGACAUAGUUUUAAUAAUGCAACAUCCAAAACUGCUGAGAGCCACUUCAGUGGAGAAACUGUAGAUAACGAACGGCGCUGAGCUAAGUCACGGUGAGGACUCAUCGUUUUUUUACGCCUCUCUCUUUCAGAUUAACCUGCUGCUGUCUGUGAAUAAGUAAUGUGCAAGUUUGGCGGACAUGCUUUACCGGCGCACACCUUCUGGAUAGCAAUUGGAUGUUGCAACUCCAGCCGUUAACUGGAAGGGGAGAGAGGGCUGAGUAGGCGAGAUGACCAGAGAAACUGCAAGCCCGGACUGGGAGCGCUGAAAAAGUGGCAUUAAAAAAAGAUCCUGCACAAGGCCAAAGACUCUCAGGCAGACAGAGGCUCAAGUAGUUCCUAGUGUGCCCAGGUUCAGGUAUUCAUCUCGAAGUCCAUAACAAAGUGGGAAGAGGAGGUUGUUAUUUUGGGUACUGAGUUCAUUUUAUUUGAAAGUGGUGUUGUGGUGAGGGUUGUUUUCAUGUAGGCGAAAUCCAUUACAACAAGGGUGGGUUUGUGCAUCUCUCUUAACACCAAAUUGGUUUGAAUUAAAAGAAUUUGCGCACUAUGUGAGGAUGGGGGGGGGGGGUGAAUAAUAUGAAGAGUGUUCACACAAGGACACUUUGGGCGCUCAAAUAGAGGCACUAAAGGGUUGUUCGUCAGCCAGGUAGCUAAUGGCCAGUGAAAAGGGGGGCUUUCGUUGAGAUGCCUGGAAUAGAUUCUCUCGAUAGGUUUGAAGGAUAACAAAGAGAACGGGAAACAAAAAAAAAGAUGCUGCAACAUGUUUUAUUCCUCUGUUUUCAAAUGUACCGGUUUGUAACGUUUAGUAGGACUCGACAGGACACUCAGGUCCAACAGGUUUUCCUCCGAUCAAAACGAAAUCCACACUCUGAUUCUUCCACGUUCUCCUUUUGAAUGUUUUUGUUAGUCUUCUGCAAAUAUGUAAAAUAAUACAAUGAAAUCUUAUGUUUUAUACUUUUUUAUAUAUAGGCUGAUUACUCCUAAUAAUAUACUUUUACUCUGGCGAAAUAAUGGUUGGUUGACGUUUUGCACUGUAUUCAAGAUGAUUUCUGGGUUCGUUUUUCCUGGCUGUCCUCACAGAGUGACAAAAGUAAGCGGACACUGUCAGUGUAAUAUUUGCUUCGGUGUGUCCCGUGUAAGAUAACAUGUACAGAUCUGCUAUUUAUGAACAUUCUGAUUAAAACAAGGUUGAUGAAGUCCACUGGUUUUCUAUCUGGAGGCACUGUGUCAUUGAAUUCAGAUACUCGGGACACUCCAGCAGAAGCCACUUUGCACAAAUGAGAAACUGCCAUUCAAGGACAUCAUUGGCUUUAGGGGGUCUUUUUGGCAGACUGUUGCUGCUUCAUUGGCAGCCGCUGUCUUUCCAUCUGUGAGAUGAGGCUUUGCUGGGGCUUGACCUUCCGUGGACUGACAGCCUUUUGAUAGGUGAUGAGGGACUGGAUGUUCUGGAGCAAGACAUUGAUCUCUGCACUCUUCUGCUGCAGAGACCUCUGAAGCAUGUCGGGCCCCGGCAGCGUUAGACCUUUUGCCUUGAUUUAGCUGCGACAGCAAGGAAAUAUAAAGCAAAGCAGAAUCAAUGAUUUGGCCCGAGAUUGGGUCUACUUUUCACAUGUCAUGUAUUUCUGCUUUUGGCCACAAAUGAAUAUUGAUAUCACACUCACUUUCAAUUUUACCCUCACAUUUAGCCAUAACCAGUGUUUGCCCGGGGUGAAACUGAUGCAGAUUUGCUCUUGGGAUUGAAAGUCGAUGUUGGGGUUCAAGCUCAGUGUCAGGCAGAGAAGCUGGAAAGGCGGGGCUUUAUGAUAAUGCUUCCUGUCUAUCUGAUAGAAAUGUUUCUUUAUAUCUGUAGCUUCCUCUCUAUGGAGUCAGAUUCACCUUUUAAAAAGGUAGCAGCUCUAGAACAAAAAGGCCCUCUGAGGAAAGCCAGAUUACCGCCUGCUGUUCAUUAAUUAUUUUCAAGAUAAGAGGAGGCACUUCAACAGGGGAUAGAGAUAUAGAGAUAGAUUCUAAUAACAAAAACCCUCACAUAUAACCAUAGACGUACGCUAUGCAAUCAACUAUAAAGACUAAUCCAAGUAGAGUCAUUGUUGUGACGAUUCAGAGAUCUGCUCUGAGCAGCUACCUCGGUUUUGAGAAAUGAAGGUGACGCAGAUGUGCUUAAACCUCCAGUUCCUUGAGAGUCCAUUUAAGGUCAGCUCAAAAAGCUUCAAAAUCCACAUACAUACCCAUUCAGAAAUAACCCAGCAACAAUAAACGUGCACAGAUGUCAGUUGUUGCGCAGUUAAGGGCUUUGUUGACUUGACUGACAGGUGGAAACAGUGCUGGAUGUUACAUUAUAAACCCUUAUAGCUGCAUUUGUAAGGCUUUAUGAUGCAUUAUGGCAGGUGGAUUCAUUUUAAGUGUUGUCUGUAUUUUUCAGUGAUGUCGUUUUAACCAAUCAAAGUGUUGGUUAAUCAUGAUCUAAGAAGACUGUUCUAUAGUUUAAUAUCCUCAAAUGAUGAUUAUAUCACUUCAACGUGGGAAAGACUUCAGCUUCAUUUACUCUGAAGAAGAAAACAGCUGAGAGUUCCUAGUGGGAUAUGUUAGGUGGCAGAAACUUGUUUUUCAUGUCCUGUAAUGCAGUCAAAGUUGUAAGGGCAUGCAAAGAUAAGUAAAUUUAAUCUGCCCGAGUUAGUCCUAUCUGUCUGUGUCUGGAUGGUGUGUGUAUGUGAAACCUGCUUUAGGGGUCUGAGGAUCUGAGACCUUUUCAAAUUUCAAACCUUUCAACCUGCGGUGUAUCAUGGAAAAUGAAGCAUCAGAGAUUCAAUGGCAUAGAAAUUUAAUUUGAAAAACCAUUUAAUGGUGGAAGCCAAUAAUGGACCGAGAGCGGUUCUGACCUUUGAUCUUUCUGCCUUGCUGGGCCUCCAUCAGUCACGCUUUCUUCAGCGAUAACUGCUGCAGCCUUCAGCAAAAUCUCUGAUAACUUCCAUGACUCCUCUCAGCAGAAAAGCUGACACAAAGAAAGACAGAAGGGGGGAAAGACUUGUACUUUUAGAAAUGUUUCCAAACUCUUAUCUCUGAACUUGAGCCAUUUUGUUUAUCAUUUUUGACAUUUAUCACGUCUUUCAAUUCUGGCAAUCUAGUGGACCUCUUAUUGAAGCAAUUAACACCUAAUUUAAACAUGUAAUGAUUAAAAAAAACGUGUUAAAAAGCAAUGCUGUAUUUUAUUUUCCUUUUUUUCCUCCUAAUGUAGUUUUCUGGAGUAAAAUUCAUACUUUCUUACAGUUUUUUGAUCAAUGUUCACCCUGGAAAUAUUCAGGCUGAUUUCAAAACAACAUUUUUUUUAAAGUAUACCAUCAAAUUCAUAAAAACGUGGAUGAAAUUUUGGCCCAGUACAGUGUUAGAUGGAGAUAUUUGGGCUAUCGAGGGUCUGUUUGUGUAGAGCUUGAACAUCUAAAGCAAAGCAUGUUUAUUUCUGUAGCAUAUUUCAGCAACGAGGAUAUUUAAAGUUUGUAACAAACAGAAGAAUCAUUGCAGAUUUCAGAAAAACACUGCAAGAAAACAUUUAAAAAUCAUUAAAAGGCAACAUUUUAUUCAUAAAAUCAACAAAAACAAAAAGUUAAACUGUUGAAAAGUUAAUUAAAUAAGCACAUAUUUUUAAUGUAAUAAAGGCUACGUCAGGUAAUCCACUUAGUGUGCGCCAAAAACUGAGUUCUGAUACUCAAGUAGCCCUUGACUACCGAGCAUUAUCGCUGAUCCACAAACUGGUCUUGUCUUAAUCUAGAUAAAUUCUAUAUUUAAUCCAUCCCACAGCUCACAGACUGGUCUCCUUCUGCGUUGAGUCACAGCCUCAAAGGUUUUUGUCUCAACACUGUUCAAUCUUAAAUGAAGUCACAUUUAGCCUUAUGAUUAGCUUAAAGCUGCCGCGAGGAGCUUUCACUUUGUGUCGAUUUGGCGCCCUCUGUGGACAAAGCACUCUUUGCCUGUCUUGUCCUCUGCAUGCUGAAGUCGUGUCUUGUAACCGCAAAAUUCAUCCUGCUGACUUUUGACCAUUUAUAUUAUUUUGUUUCAUUUGAAAGAUAAAGUAAAAAAUAAAUUGAGAGACUUAAGAGACCUCCACUCCUACUCCAAAUGUCACAGCGAGGCUUUUAUUUUGUCAAGGACAUCAUGACUGCAGUUGAGUGACAGUGAUUUUACAUCUGCAACACAGUGUUGAAAGCUCUCUUUGUUACCCAUUUUCUGGAUAUAUAAUUCCAAAUAGGGCUCUUUCUGGCAGCUCAAGUAUAUAUAUUAUAUAAAUAAGUCUUUUACUGAUGGUCACAUUUGCUUUUGUACAUUGUAGAAAGGCAUUAAUAUUAAUUUCAGUAUGUUUCAUAAAUGUUAAGAAACUCCCUACAGGAGCUUUACAGUGCUUAAAAUCAUUAAAACAAUCUGUUAAAACUCAAAGCAAGAGCAAAUAAAAUAAAAGCAGCACAGAAGGUAAAUAUAUAAGAUUAUUGAAAUAGAGGCAUAAAGCUGUGGAGCAAAAUUGUGUAUUGAAAAAAAAAGGAUAUUAAACAAAAAGUAAACAAGUCCAGAGCCUUGAGCAUUUUCAGCAACUCUGGCAUCAUGUUUAGUCGAAUGUUAACAUCUACUGAAAUGCUAAAAGCAGAAAACAGCUCUAAAGUUCAGCUGUGAUUUAAACUAAUGAUUUAUCUAAUAGUACAAAGCAGCACACGCAGAAAAUUCUCAGGUUUACAGUUAUUUGUCAUGGACAUAACCUGCAGAGGAUUUUUAAAGGGAAGCCAGGAUUUCAAAACCAUCAGGAGGACUUAACCUCUCUAAAUAAUGAGUAUUCGUACCAAAUUUCACAGAAAACUGGCCAGUAUUUAUCUCACUUUGAACCACAAACUUAAACCCACGAUGGCACUAUAAAGGGAGGUCAGGGGAUCACUCGUGUCAUUAGGCUUUCUCCUCCAGGGACCAUGAAUGUCUGUAUGAAAAUUCCAUGGCAGUCAUCCAGGAUUUGUUGAGGCAUUUUCGACAAAACCAAAGUGGAAGACAACAAACUCUGCUUUCCCCUGAGCUACUAAUGUGCCAAAAAUACUGAAUCAAAGAUUAGGAAAAUGACCUACAUAAAAUUACUACCUGGAAAUGUCAUCCCCUGAAUUCAGAUUGUCUUUAUAGUAAAAUGCAAUAAAAAUAAGUGACAUUUCCGUCUCCACAUCAAGUAUUCAGUGGUGGUUAAAUGUCAUUGUAAGUGUUAGCUAGCUUGUAAAUCAAAUUAAUGAUAAAUUCUGUUUCAUCUCCAGGCUGUGCACAUUAAAAGUGAAUGUAACUGUCUGUUCAGCAAACAGCGACACAAAUGAGGAAAAUUGCACUUUAUUUUAGAUCACACUGCCUUCUUUUAUCAUGACGGUGUCUCCAUAUCAGCAGCAGUGUUACACACACACUCAUCCUCUCACCUCUUUUAGGUCAGCGCUGUUGGCUAUCUGAUCUUCGGCCUCUGGGGCUUUCUUCAGCUGCUGGCGGUGCUCAAAGCAAAUGUUGCACGCGUCAUGCAGUCACUGCUCUGAUGAGCCUGAUCCACACGAGGCCAGGAUCUUAAAAUGUGGUCAGAGUACACGCUUAAAAGGAUACUCCAUUUCUAAAAAAGGCAAAUCUAUAGCAGGAAAAACAUCGAGUUAAUGAGGUAUUCAAAGCCUUUUUUUUUUUUUUUUUUAAGUCUUGCAGCGGCAGCAACAGAGACAACACACUAAUUGCUUAUUCUAUAAGUAGAUUCAUAUUAUUUAUGGAGAGGGGGAACAGAGACGGCGUUAAAGUGGCAUUUGCCUCUAUACCUUGUCCAGAUUAGUUAAAUACUCUUCCGUUUCUCCUUGGCAGGCUGCAGGAGUUUGGGGAGUUUCCUUGCUGUGUGAAUCCAACACUUCAUUAUCUGGGGAUAUCUCCAACUCAGACUUCAUGUUUUUAGGAACGCUCCAAGGAGAAAAAAACAAAGACUCUUCAUAAUUUAUUAAAUUCUUUGAGGUCUUUAACUCGUGCUUCAUGAAUAAAUCAAACCCGUGUCCCUGGAUACCGUGUCAUAUCAUCUCUCACAAGAUAAAACCCGCUCUGUGACAAGGAUAGACAAGGCUAUGAAAAGUUAAAUUCAGUUCUUUUCCGAUUGCAAAAUUAUCUCUUAAGACACACAAAGAACUCAUAUAUGCUAAUCUCAAAUGUUCAACAUUUGUCAGAGGCCUCUUUACAAAGAGCAUUUUCAAAUGUUAGUUUAAUGUCAUAAAAAUAAAUUCAGUCUACUUCAGAGACUUCCACUCCUACUCCAAAUGUCACAGCGAGGCUUUUAUUUUGUCAAGGACAUCAUGACUGCAGUUGAGUGACAGUGAUUUUACAUCUGCAACACUGUGUUGAGAGCUCUCAUUGUUAACCAUCUUCUGGAUAGAAACCCAGCCUUGACACACUCAUCAGCUCCCAUUUCAACCUCAAAUGCUCCGGAUAAGCUGCUAAUCCGUCUUGGUUUGGGUAGUAAUAGUCUGCAGAUCCAAAACUAAAUGAAUUAUUAACAAUUAUCUUGGGUAUUCACGCUCAUUUACAAACCGAGGUCAGCAUGAAAUCUGAAGGGAGAGUACCUCAUCUGCACCCUCUCUCAUGUUCCUCAUCAGCCCAGGUGUUGUUGUGGUUUCUGGUUAUGACUCCGCAGACUGAUUCACAGAUUGUCAAACAUUCAUGUGAGAUUACUGUGGAGCCAGAACUUAAAAUGAACCUAAAGAUAAAGUACAAAGGCCCUGAAGUAAGUUCAACCUCCUAUACUUCACCGUAAUGCCCAUAUUUCUUUUAAAAAGGUGAAUUUUUUAAUGUUUUAAAACUGAAUAAAGCACUUUUUUUUAACAUAUUAUAGGGAUAGCUGUGUUUUUCAGUUUGAGGGAGGGGUGUAUGAGCUAAUUGCAGAAAGUAAACCUCUAUCCAACAAAGGACGGGGGUCCUUAAAAACUGCUGCAGACACAUAAUUUAGCUGAUUUUUAAAGAGGAUCCCAAACACCAAUGGAAGAAUUAAGCAAAUUUCCAGCACUUUGAUUUGCAGUCAGCUUGGUUUGGUAUUUCUUCUUCUUCUUGGACACAACAUGAACAUGUUUCUUAUUCAGCCCCUCCAAAAAUGAUCCUUCUCCUUAAAUAGUAAACAGCCAGUCUUAUGUUUUAGAUUCGAGACAUACAAUCUUCUGUCUGUCCGUCUGUUUUGGAUCUCCAUCAGCAUCAGAUUUAGUCAGAUUUCUGUUCGCAGACUCUUUGAUGCCUUUGCUUCCAACAAAAUAGGAUUUAUAUAACCAACUCUGCAAACAUUUUGUUUAGGGUAUGCUGUAUUUGAUUAUGUUAUUGCCAUUAAACAAAUGUGGAUCUGACUUUUCGAGAACUGAAAGAAAAAAGGGGAAUGAAAUAAAUCCAUAUCUCUGCAGCACGUUUCUUGUACUCAAUAAUUAACAGCUCUCAGAAUUGCUAAUUAACAGUCCUCCAGAGGGCCUUAUAUAGAAACUAGAUAAUAGAAAUCAAUCAUACGACAAGCCUCCAAUUGGCUAAAACGCCCAACUAGAAAUAUAAUAGAAGAUAAAAAUAAUGUUGGCAUCAGCUACAAGUAAAUGGAGAUUCUUUGAUGUGUGGAUCAGGCUGAUCUUUGUGUUUUUUUUCAGUGCGCACACACUGUAGGUGUCUUUUAACACAGCAUGAAGAUGGUGAUAGAAAACAGUGUGAUGUACACAGUGAUGUAUCUGUUUGUUUUAACAAGAGGAAGCUAACAUGGUUUAUUAAUCAUAGAUACCCCAGGGCUUCAUUUUUGAUUUGGCGUCUAUCACAAAAACAUAUACAGUGCGGCUUUUGUAGUGUGAUAUCUCUCUCUGACUGCCAGCUUUAACUUCUUUGUCUUCUGAAAAAUGGAGGUGAUUAGAAACUGUUGUUGAAAUUUAUGUCUGCAAUAUGAAAAGAUGCUGCAAUAAAUGCAAAGAAAUGGCAGCUGUUAAAUCUGCUUCACACUUCUAAAUAAAUAGCGGCAACGUUACACUAGACAGCAUUGUUCUAUAAUGCAUGCAAUGGUGCUGCUGCUGCUGCUGCUGCAAAAAAAAAAAUGUUCAGUACUGUUUACUUCCUGAAUAAAUGAGAACAAAUCAACAGCAUCUUAACAUCCAGUGAGAAAUAUUAGAUCUCCCGACAUUUCAUCCAAGGGGUUGGCUUUCUUCCACUGAAAAUAGUAAUAAUGCAUUUCAGGGUUGCAUUAUGUUUGGCGUAUCUAACUGUGACUGUGCGUGCAAGAACUACAGUGGUGAACAUAAUUAGAUAGAAUUACAGACUUGAUGUGAAGUAAAAGCCGGACCUCUAGCUUCAACGUGCCAUUGCUUGUAAAGUGGAAGGUAAUAAAUGAUAAUUCCUCUGAAUAAAACAGCCACAUGGAGCUUGAAAUUAGAGGUGUUGUGUUAUGAAUGACCAAGAGAGGAAUGAGAGAGGUGGUGUGAGAUAAACAUGUGUACUUUCAAGCAAAAGUCUACUUAUCAUUGUUGCUAUUAUCGCUUUCUGCAAGUGGCAACUUAAAAAGGCGCUAACUAGCACUGUGACUAUUGCCUGGAUUGCAGGACAGAAUCUGACUCCACAUUUUCCAAAUCAGAGGAGUCGAAAAGUUUCUAAGGCUGCUCUCAAAUCUAUGUCCAGUGACCGUUAUUACUCCUCGGCCAUCCUUAAACGAAACAAAUGAUGUUGCCACACUGUUUACCAAUUUAGAAUUCUAACAGAAGCUAACAUUUUUUGCCACAUUAUAAACAGGCAGUGGUAAAAUAUACCAAACUUUCCACCAGUUUACUUGAAAUGACGCCUGUGAUCGGGCUGUCCACCACCAUGCUUUUGCCGUUUACGGUUAACUGCUGUUAUUGAGUUUUGGCCAAUAAUUGUCAAGCAAGAUAAGCCAUUUAACACAGAAGUGUUUUGUUUACAAAGCCUAUAUGAAUAAAUCAGAUCAGACAACAACAAGGUUUCAACUCCAGAAGUAACACUGUGCUCUGCAAGAUUUAUUAGUAACGACUGAAACAUAAACACAACUGUUCAGGCUGCAUAGAAAUAUCGCUUCAUUGGGACCAAAAACAAUGAAGACAAUUCAAGAACCAACAGGAAUUUGCAUGCCAAGAACUUGGCUCUAAAAUCAAAGGUAACAAAUUGUACCAUAACAUCCUUGUCAGAAAGUUUCAAUAAGUAUUGGAUGAAUGCCUUUAGCCUCCUGGAAAGUUUGAGCCUUGAUUUUGCUGUUCAGAGGGAUAUUUACCUUGACGUCAAAGUGAUGAAUCCAUCAUGACAGGAACUUUGAAAUAAUUUUGUUCUCCGUGAUCUUUUAAGCUCUGUUUACACAGCUAAAACUUGGACAACCUUGGCUUUUACCCCCAAACUAUUUCCUCUCCAAAUUUGAUGCCAGCGGGGCACUGAAACUAUAAACUGAUAUUAAUGUUUACAGGAAUGUCUGCACAGCCAAAACAAUUGACCCAACCUCACAUAAAUUUCCUGGAAAGCUCAAGCUCUUAACACUCUGAUAGUAACAGUGAAUGGCUAUAAACAGCAAAUACUGAAGAGGCUUUAAAUAAUAUAAGACUGUUAACUGUAACACAGUCAUAAAUGAUACCAGCUUAUGCCUAUUCUCUAUUUCUCUUUAAAUUUAGAAGGGUUUUUAUCUUUUGUAGUGACUUCUACUUUUCCAUUUGUCUGCUAAGCACGGCAAUGAAACUGUAAUGUGGUUUAAUGUGGCUCAGAUUUGCAGGGUGGUGGAACACGCAGGUCUGCAGCUGGUCCAACAGAAAGUAAAUCUCUAAACUCUUCAUUUAGAUCUCUUCAGAGCAUCUUGCCCUGGGUUGUCAUGGCUCUCUGGAUAAAUAAACUGCGUCAAAAGAAAAAAAAAAAGUUUUGAGCACAUAUUGCAAGUCAUUAAUCACUAAUGUAAUUUGCUGCACAGUUUGCUUGUGAGGUUCCUGUUUUAUAUGCACUAAAGAGAGACACUAGUUAGUAAAUCACUGCAUGCACGUCCACAGCGCAUUUAUCAUCGCAAACCUCAAGCUUUGAUCCGA